UUUGCAAGUCACUUCUUUAUGGGAGGUGAGAAGUUUGACACCCCUCACCCCGAGGGCUACCUUUUUGGAGAGAACAUGGAUCUCAACUUCCUUGGGAAUAGACCUGUUCAGUUUCCCUAUGUCACUCCAGCUCCACAGGAGCCUGUGAAGACGCUGAGGAGUUUGGUGAAUAUCCGCAAGGACUCUCUCCGGCUCGUGAGGUAUAAAGAUGAUGUUGACAGUCCAACUGAGGAGAAUGGGAAGCAGAAGGUGCUGUACAGCCUGGAGUUCACGUUUGAUGCAGAUGCCCGUGUUGCCAUCACCAUCUACUGCCAGGCUACAGAAGAGUUUGUUGGUGGCAUGGCAGUAUACAGCACAAAGAAUCCCUCUCUGCAGUCCGAGACUGUUCACUACAAGAGGGGGGUAAGCCAGCAGUUCUCCCUGCCUUCCUUCAAGAUUGACUUCUCAGACUGGAAGGAUGAUGAGCUGAACUUUGACUUGGAUCGUGGUGUGUUCCCUGUGGUCAUCCGAGCGGUGGUGGAUGAAGGGGAUGUGGUUGAGGUCACUGGUCAUGCCCAUGUGCUUCUGGCUGCAUUUGAAAAGCACGUGGAUGGCAGUUUUUCCGUGAAGCCGUUGAAACAGAAGCAGAUCGUUGACCGGGUGAGCUACCUGCUGCAGGAGAUCUACGGCAUUGAGAACAAAAACAACCAAGAGACCAAGCCUUCGGACGACGAGAACAGUGACAACAGCAAUGAGUGUGUGGUUUGCCUGUCGGACCUGCGGGACACCCUGAUCCUGCCCUGCAGGCACCUCUGCCUCUGCAACUCCUGUGCUGACACCCUGCGCUACCAGGCCAACAACUGCCCCAUCUGCAGGCUGCCGUUCCGUGCCCUGCUGCAGAUCCGGGCGGUGAGGAAGAAGCCAGGAGCUCUGUCACCAGUGUCCUUCAGCCCUGUCUUGGCACAGAGCGUUGACCACGACGAGCACUCUCGUCCCUUUAAACCCCCUAAAGUGAGCUCUGUCUCCCUGCCCAGCAGGAAGCCUAGAAGGGAAACAAGCUCUGACAACAUCCCUCCAGGCUACGAGCCCAUCUCCCUGCUGGAAGCUCUGAACGGCCUUCGCUCCGUGUCCCCCUCCAUCCCCUCUGCACCUCUGUACGAGGAGAUCAGCUACUCGGGGGUGGGGGACGGGCUGCCCCCCACCAGCCGCCCACUCGUGGCCAUGGACAGGGCCCUGGACAGUGGCCACCAAAAGGGCAAGAGGAGCAAGUCUCCAGACAGCACACUGCGGUCUCCCUCAUCCCCAAUCCACGAGGAGGACGAGGAGAAGCUCUCUGAGGACUCUGACUCACAGCCGGUGCUGAGCGGGGGUGAGCUGGUCCUGAGAGAGACCAGCUCUCCAGAGAGUGUGGCAGGGGAAGAGGUGGAGGAGGCCUCGUCCGUGCAGCAGGGCAGCCGCCCGCCCUCGGUGGAGGACGUGCUGCAGGACAGCAGCUGCGCUGAGCACAGGAGCCUGACGCAGUCGGACAGCGACCCCCCGGUGGACGUGUACCUGCCAGCACUGGGUCCUGAUUCCUGCUCUGUUGGUAUAGAGGAGUAA